CCAUGUUGGCAAGCAGGGUGAUAGAGUUAUGCAUGAAUGAUCUUUUUCUUGGCAAAGAUAUGUAUCCUAAGCACAGACAAACCGUUAUUAACAGUUACUAUAGCACCGAAAGCUCCUACAAUUGUGAACAGAACAAGGUAGAAUCACAGGCAUGGCAACUACCACUCGGUUACUGUCCAUGUGUUACCGCGGUGGGCCCGGUCGCUUUCACCAACGCUACGGGAAAUUGUCAUCGCCACUGAGCAUUGUGAGCAACGCUGAUGUAGGCGGUCAGGCGCAGUAUCUGGUCUACACUCGAUGGCAGAGCGGCCAAUCCGCCGCGCAGCCAUCGCCAGACACGAAACUACAUCGCAAAGAAGCGGAGACACCCGACAGGGAUGUGGAGAGACCUGACAGGGAUGUGGAGAGACCCGGCGGGGAUGGCGACGAAGCGGGCGGGCGCGUCGUCUACGAGGGUGUCAUCUCUCCGAUCGUCCGUCGCGUCAAGAUCCUCUCUCUGACCACGAGCGCCGCAGCCCUCGCCCUCCAGCCCGCGCUCCUCCCCUCCGUGCUGUCGUCCGGCGGCGGCGCGGCGGCGACCGCGGCGUACGCGACGUUCUGCGUGGGGUUCGUGUUCGCGAGUCCGCUGCUGAUCCACGCGCUGGCGCGGCGCUACGUGACGCGGCUGCGAUACGACGCCGCGCGGCGCACGUUCCGCGCGACGACCUUCAGCGUGUUCGCGCGCGAGCGCGACACGUCGUUCUCGGCCGACGCCGCGCGGUUCCCGGCCGCCGCCGGGUUGUUCACGACGUUCCUCGUCGACGGGCGGCCGUUCUUCGUCGACUCGCGCAUGUUCCGGGACGACGCGGCGUACGCGGCUCUCAUGGGGUACGACAAGCCGCUGGACAUCAGCUUCGACUGCGAAGACAACGAUGAACGGGAGGAGGGGGAGAAGGGCGAGAGCGAGAGAGAGGAGGAGAGCGAGAAGAAACGCGGAGGAGGAGGAGGAGGAGCGGGAAAGAAGGAAACGUGAUUCGCGACGGUCGUUCGCGAAGGCGCGAGUUGGCAUCGGUUCGCGUGAACGAUGAACGAAGAACGUAAGAAAGUAAGGAGGUUCGCACUAGGUUGUUCAUUGAGGAGCGAGUCUGGUGCGAGAGGCUUCAUCGUUCAUGUCCACUCUGGGGUUGGCGUCGACGACAAUGACGAGAACACGAGAGAGUAAGGAACGUGGCGGCGGAAAACGGCAAGACUACGACGUGAUCUACAUCGGUUGUUCGCUAAGGAACAAUCUGCGGUGCCGGAGUUGCCACGUGUUGUUCGUGUGGCGUUGGCAGAGACGACGACGAGAGCAGGAGAAAAAGAACACCACGAUGAAGAAGAUGGAUAAUAGACGCUGCUCGUUGUUCAUUAAGGAACAAAUUGGGACGGUUCAUGCGCACAACAACGAGUGGGGAACAACAACAACAACGAACGUUGGGAGGACUCUGUUAUUUGUACUGUCACCGAUACUAAAGCCCACAUGGAAUGAAAAUUAAAAGAAGCGCACGUGUUCACAUCACUAAUUAAUGUGUUGUUCACUUCAUGCGGGGUUUAAGUUAAGAGGGAAGAGUGAGUUAGUGUGGUGCAGUCAUGGCAAAUGCAUCUUCGUUUACGCGUGGUGCAGUGACCUGUGAUGCCAACACCACCGACUCGUUAGGGAUUUUUAAGCUUUGAUGUGUAAUUAAGCACAGUUGUUGUUACGUGCCUAACGAAGGUGCUUAGUGUUAGUGAAGUUUCAAUGAAAAUAAAAGCGCAUUGCUAAUGCAUUAGAAAUGCGUAUAACAUA